GGGUUUGGGAAGGAGGGAGGAGGAGGAGGAGACGCAGCACCACUGCCUUACCCUCCCUCCCUCUCUCUCUCUUUCUCUCUCUCUGUUUUUUUUUUCCUUUUUUUCCUCUAUUUUUUUUUCUGAAUUAGAUUUAUUCAUUUCUACACUCCGGCGCCUCGCGGCUUUGCCCAGCCUCUCCGCUCCCUAGCUCGGAUUUUUCUGCUGCACUUUUAUUAUUUUUGCAUUUUUUGUAACGAGGUGAAAUCGAUGCAUCUGGGCUCGUCUAGUCGUGGCUGAACUACAGCGGAAGGAUGAGCAGCACUCAGGAGGUCCCGAACCACAGCCGGGAUCAGGGGGAGGGGGCCGCUCCCGCCCCAGAGACUCCCCCCACCCAGUCGGCCCCAACCCAAUUGGCCCCCACCCAAUUGGCCCCCACCCAAUCGGCCCCCACGCAAUUGGCCCCCACGCAAUUGACCCCCACCCAAUUGGCCCCCAUCCAGUUGACCCCCACCCAAUUGGCCUCCAUCCAGUCGGCGCCCACCACCUCUCCCACAGCUAUUGCCACCUCAGUAAAGGCGGAGCCUCGGCCCUCAGCCAGCAGUCCGCCCAGCAACGGCAAAGCCAGCGAGGCCAACCUGCCGGCCGAGAUCUGCGUGGUCAUCGGCGGCUCACGCAACUCCCAAGCUCAAGGUUCCUACAUCUGUGGAAUAUGUGGGAAGAAGUACAAGUAUUACAACUGCUUUCAGACUCACGUCCGCGCCCACAGAGAGACGGAGGGCACGCCAUCCGGAGAGGGGGCGGCUCACAUCCUGAACAAUUCUUUCCGCUACACGUGUGACAUAUGUGGGAAAAAGUACAAGUACUACAGCUGCUUCCAGGAGCACAGGGACCUGCAUGCUGUGGAUGAUCCCUACGAUCAUAUGAUUCCUGUGGAGGAACCUAUAAAGGAAGAGAUCGAGCCACUUCAGAAAAUAGGACCAAAAACGGGGAGCUACACGUGUGAAUACUGUGGGAAACAAUACAAAUAUUUCAACCCGUAUCAGGAGCAUGUGGCUCUGCACACUCCAAUGAGGAAUUUACCUGGAAACUUGCUUCAAUUGGCAGGAAUACCCUCUCCCAUUACUAUCUUCCCAGACGCACAAAGCUCUUUCGCUUUGAAACUGGAGGGCAAGCUGUCGGGAAAGUCGAGCCUCAGAGACGGAAACAAUUCCCAAAGCUCGAGUGAUACUACAAGCCCCAUGAUGCCCACCUCCUUCCCCACAUCACAGAAAGCCUACACGUGUGGAUCCUGUGGCAUUCAGUUCCAGUUCUACAACAACCUCAUGGAGCACAUGCAGUCCCACGCCGAGCUGUUUCUACGCCGGUGGGCUUGGUGGUCUGGAAAUGGGGUUUGUUCAGCGGAUAAUGAGAAUCACACUAAAGAGGACGCUCUUCCUCCUCCUGCUAAACCCUGCCAACCCCCCAUAGCGUCGCAGGAGCAGACCUGGAAGUCCCCUCCGCCUGCACAGAGGAACCACAUGCCUUCCUACCAUAAAAACACUCAUACAGUGAGGAACAGCAGCAGGAGCUUCUCAGAUAAAGUGCUGUUCUCAUGUCUCUCCAGGCAGGACAGAGCGAGACGAGUGUUUGACUCCACAGAGCUGAGCUACAAUUACUUCAAGAACAGAUUGUUACCAGAGAAGGAGCGGCAGCAGGUGGCGGAGCGCUUGCUCCGUAUGAUGUGUACGGACCUGGGUCUCCUCAGCGCCCUCAGCAGUAAGGAUUUCCUCAAGCUGGCCCAGACUCUGGUGGAUACGGGUUCUCGACACGGAGCCUACUCCAUCCGCGACGCCCUGGGGGACAUGAGCUCCCUGGCGCUGAAGCAGCUUCCUCGCAUGUACAACCAGGUCAAGGUGAAAGUCACCUGUGCCCUGGGUUCAAACUCUUCUUCAGGAAUUGCCGUGACCUGCCAUUCUCAGACAAUCGGAGGGGACUCCUGUUACGUGCUUACAGCAUAUCAGGUUGAGGGGGUCCGACUUCGCCGCUACGUACUUGGACUUAAGGAGGCCUCUCUAAGGGAGGGUCCGGAGCACGUGCACCACUGGGUCCAGAACGUGCUUUCGGAGUUUGUCAUGUCCGAGAUUCGCACGGUCUACGUCACAGAGCCACGUUUGUCACUGUUACCUUUGUGCGGGCGGUCUGGUCUCAGCCUGCGGUGCACAGGGUGCUCUCUGGCAGCCACUGUUCAGGCCGUCCUCGGCCGCCGUAGUCUUCAGGCCAGGGGCCUCCACGAACUGGGAGAACUUCUUGCUACGUGUCGCGACAUCGCCGGAACGACGAGCUUCGGGCGCGACAGCAAAUCCAUAGACGAGCCUCCUCCGCCGCCGUGCUGGGAUUCAACUGCCGAAGCUCUACUCAAGGUCCACGAUAACUUCGAGGCCAUAUGUGAAGCGUACGGCCGCUGCAAGAGCACGGCGCCACUACUGCAGGGCCUUAACAAGCAUCUCCUCGGCACACUCGCUUGCUUGCUUGGACCUUUGCGCCAGGCGGCGCAGGAGCUUGGAGGCGACCGUUGGCCCACGCUCCAGCAAGUCCUGCCGGUCUACAUUCGCCUGGAGAAGCUGUUCACUUCCAAAGCUGGAGAAGCGGGUGCUGGAAGCAAGCUCUGCCACUACUUUCUGGAGGCACUGAAGGAGAACUUCAAGGUGGAACGAAUCCAUCAAGUGGCGAUGAUCUUGGACCCCCAGCUCAAGCUCAGACCAGUUCCUGGAUAUCAGCACGAGGAGAUCAUCUCCAGGGCUUGCGACAUGGCGGCAAGUAUGAGGGAAUCUGGAAGUGGGGGCUCGUCCGGGAUCACUGCAGACGACAGGGAUGGCGAUGGACCAUCUGGACCGAAGCGAGGACGUUUGGAUUGUGGCGUGGACAGGCCAUCUUGCACAGGCGACGAGCCGCAAGUCCGCAAGGAGUUGUUCCAGUAUCUGGGCGAGCCGCUCUUCCACGCCACGGGCGAUCUGUUCCAGUACUGGAGCUCGGUCAUGGACCGGUACCCUAAGUUGUCUCGUCUGGCGCUCUGGCUGCUGGCGGUGCCCGCGGUGGGCGUCCGCAGCGAGUGCGUCAGCAUCUGCGAGCAGACCGUAGCGAUGAAGAAGAAGCGGCAAGUCUCUGCCGAGGAAAUGAACAAGCUCGUCUUCCUCAAGUGCAAUUUUGCUUGAGGCGGCACGAACGAGGCCACCAGCCAACGGCACUAUGGACUGUUCACGUAAAAGACACUAGCUGAUCUAGAUGCUGCUCUAGGUUCACUUUGUAGCUUUUUAUGUCCUGUCGUAGUUAGAAUUGCUUAUUCUGGAGAAAAACACAAACGCUGUUUCCGGGUCAGUGUCUACAAACAAGGCACAGUUAAGGGAUGGUUCUUACCGCGGACUUCGUCGAGCAGAGAAAUAGCCUAAACACACAAACACACCUCAAACCUCAACUUGCCACUGGCCAUGAGAAAACAGAACAUCAAGAACAAAAAAGAAAAAGAAGCUAUGCCCGAAAAACACGGACGUUUGCCAAUGCUUGAAUCGUCUACUUUAAACCAAAACAUGGACACACUGUACGUUUCAUUUCAUUUAAUGCUUGUGUUUUUCCCUGCAACUGCUCGACUGUUUCUCGUUCCCAGUGCCCCGGGUAUCCUCUUUACUAACUUACCUCUCGUACUUCCUACCUGAAUUACAUCGUCCGUGAUUCUUUUCACCGUUUAUUCCGACAAGAUGGACUUUGGACAUCCUUUGCCUUAGUUGAAAAUGAUUUGUUUCGAACUCAUUCAUUUAUUCAUACUAAAAUUGCUGUUGACUGACUGUAGAUGCAAUAUACCUCCGUUGACUUUG